UUGACACUACGUAACUAGGAAUUGAUAAUUUAAUUUUAUUAUCACAUAAGCAAACAUGUCAAAUGUGAAUUGAUUAAUAGCUUAAAACUUUUAAGAAGUCGUAGAAUAUCUUUGUUUUUAAUUAAAGGAUACCCAAACAAAGAUUAGAUAUGUCUAAAGCCGGCAACUUGCCUAUAUUAUAUAAAACUGAUGCAAGUCCCCCGGCCAGAGCGGUUAUGAUGGUAGCUGAAAUAUUAGGAGUACAAUAUAGUAAUUGUGAGAUAAAUCCAGUGCUUAGGGAACAGGACACACCAGAAAUGACAGCUAAAAAUCCUUUAAGAACCAUUCCAUACAUAGAAGAUGAUGGUUUUUGUUUAGGGGAUAGUCAUGCUAUAAUACUUUACCUUUUUGACAAGUACGCAAAGCCAGAACAUGAUCACCUAUAUCCAAGCAAUGUAAAAAUUAGAGCCAAAAUCAACCAAAUACUAUUUUUCGACUGUGGGGUGUUGUUUGCUCGACUCAGAUCUGUGAUGGCUCCAACUUAUAUGGGGAGAUUGAGCGAAUUAUCCCAAUCGAUGAAACGUAAUAUAGAGGAUGCGUAUAGAAUAAUAGAAGCGUAUUUAUCAAACACGCUGUAUAUAGCAGAUAAUAAUGUUACCUUAGCCGAUUACAGUGUUCUUGCUACGAUGUCAUCACUUCAUGGUCUGCAUCCAAUAGACAGUAACAAAUAUCCCAAACUCCUGAAUUGGUACAACAGAAUGUCAAGUCUACCGGUGUGUAAAACAAUAAACGAUCCGGGGGCAGAAUUACAUGUGACCGGGUUGAAGAAAUUAAUGGAGCAGAAAAAAUUGUCAAAGCUGUAAAUAUAUUGGAAAAUAUAUGAAGAUAGUUUUUGAUUAUAGAGUACUGAAUACAUAAUUUUUUUAAGGUUA